UGUUCCGCGCUGGGCAGCGGGGCUGGCGGGCGGACCGGGCCGGGCCGGAGAAGUUUUCGCUGCGGCUGCUGAGCGAGGGUGCGGGGCCCCGCAGGCAGUGCACGCCGGCUGCCAUGGCUUUCCGUAGGAGGACGAAAAGUUACCCACUCUUCAGCCAGGAGUUCGUCAUCCACAACCAUGCAGACAUCGGCUUCUGCUUGGUGCUCUGCGUCCUCAUCGGGCUUAUGUUCGAGGUCACAGCCAAGACUGCCUUCCUAUUUAUUUUACCUCAGUAUAACAUUAGUGUGCCUACAGCAGACAGCGAGACAGUCCACUACCACUAUGGGCCAAAGGACCUGGUCACCAUCUUGUUCUACGUCUUCAUCGCCAUCAUCUUGCAUGCUGUGGUUCAGGAGUACAUCUUAGACAAAAUCAGCAAACGCCUUCAUCUCUCCAAGGUCAAGCACAGCAAGUUCAAUGAGUCUGGACAGCUGGUCGUCUUUCAUCUCAGCUCGCUGGUAUGGUGCUUCUAUGUGGUAGUAACGGAAGGAUAUUUAACAAACCCAAGAAGCCUCUGGGAAGAUUACCCACAUGUGUACCUCUCCUUCCAGGUGAAGUUUUUCUACUUGUGUCAGCUGGCCUACUGGUUGCACUCACUACCUGAGCUUUACUUCCAGAAGGUACGGAAGGAAGAAAUCCCCCGUCAGCUGCAGUACAUUUGCCUGUACCUGCUUCACAUUGCUGGGGCAUACCUCUUAAACCUGAGCCGCCUGGGCCUGAUCUUAUUACUGCUGCAGUACUCGACUGAGUUCCUUUUCCACAUGGCUCGACUCUUCCACUUUGCAGAUGAGAACAACGAGAGGCUGUUCAAUGCCUGGGCUGCUGUGUUUGGGGUCACGCGCCUCUUCAUCCUCACUCUGGCUGUGUUGGCCAUUGGCUUUGGAUUGGCUCGGGUGGAAAACCAGGUGUUUGACCCCGAGAAAGGGAACUUUAACACCUUGCCUUGCAGACUCGGCAUGCUGCUGCUAGUGUGUGUUGCCCAGGCCUGGCUCAUGUGGCGCUUCAUCCACUCCCAGCUGCGGCACUGGCGGGAAUACUGGAAGGAACAGAGUGCCAAGCGCAGAGUUCCAGCUGCCCCUAGGCUUCCAGCCAGACUCAUCAAAAGAGAACCUGGUUACCAUGAAAAUGGAGUAGUGAAAACAGAGAAUGGAACCUCCCUACGGACUAAGAAACUCAAGUCUCCCUAAGGCCCAAGCGCUGAGAGCAGGGAUCCUCUGGGUGAGGGCCCGGCAGGGAGAUGAGGAACCCUGGCCCCCAGCUCAGCCUCUGCAUCCUCCCGGCCGUGCUCCAUCUCCCUCACAAAAACCCUUGGCAUCAAAGGGAGAGUCACUUUCUACCUUCUGGUCUUUCUCUUCUUUCAUAAAUCAUUCUCAAUAAAGCCAAAAAAAUGCUCCUCUCUUGCUCGCUAGAGCCACCUCCUGGCCUCACCUCUGUCCUGUAUUGGCUUUCUCGGAGGCCUCCAUUUUCCUAGUCAUCUUUCUGCUCCUUGCUCUCUCUUCCUUCACAGCUGCUUCUUUCUCUCUCUCCUUCCUGACUUUAAUGUGCAAUCUCUCUGAUUUUUACAACGGGAGGGAGCUAAGAUUGCAGCCCUGUCCCUCAGAGCCAGGACGUGUCAAUCUGGAAACCUCUUGCCAAGGAGCUUCCCCUAGAGCUGGUGGCGGAUCCUCUGUGGCCCUUGUGUGGCCGGGCAGGAGGCGGAAAGGCUGUCCCUCUCGGAUCACAAGAUUCUUGGUGCUGACUGUGACUAACAAGACGUAGGAUUCUGGUUCUACACGUCUGAUCCCAAAGUGUUUCGCUUUGGGACAUGGUGACUUAAUCCAGAAAGACAGUGUUAAUUAACUAUUGAGUCCCAGGACUCCAAAGAGCUUCCAGUGCUGCAUCUGAAUUGGAAACCAGCCUGCCUUCGCUCUUGGGUGGGGGUGGGGGGGUGCUAAGGAGGACGUGCCUCCCCACUGCUACCACAAGAGCAAAGUGGGUCAAACAGCUGCCUCUUCUGGAAAGGUGGCUUGAUGAAGAUGACAGAAGAGUCGCUUUGGACAGUUCUGCAGCGGCGCCAGCUGCUGGGCUUUCACUACCCCAUCCACCAGCAUCUACAACC